AUGGCUGAAAAAGGCGCCGAGCCAACAAACAGGGAUAUAAUGAUCCUUUUACAGAACGUAAGUGGGCGCAUCGAAGUAAUGGAAAAAAAGAUGGGUGCCAUUGAGUCCAUAGAAAAGAGAAUGGGUACACUUGAAAAGGACAUUAAUAAGCUAUGGGUGGCAAUGGAAGAAAGAGUCCAAAAGGUAGACCAUCGCGUGACGCGCCUCGAGGACAAGGUUGACGGUGCGGACAUACAUGCGGCGCAGCUGUCCGAGCGGAUGCAGCAGUUGGAAAAAGAACGAGAUACCCUGCGUGACAAUGUUUCCUAUCUACAGUCGCAGUCCAUGCGAAACAACCUAAUUUUCACCGGGGUAACAGAAGACAACUCGACCGGAAACGAACCGCCGGAAGUUACUGAACGGAAACUCCGCCAGCAUCUACAAGACGCCUUUAAGAUCGCUCAUGAGGUUGUAGACACAAUUAGAUUUGAGAGGGUGCAUCGCUCUCCUGGGUCGCCAAUAUCAGGAAAAGUGAGGAACAUUGUUGCAAAAUUCACGUUUUUUAAGGAAAGAGAAACGGUACGCAAACUUUGGAAAGAACUCGACGGAACACUGUAUCGUGUCUUUGAGCAGUUCCCACAAGAGGUGAUAGAAAAGAGGCGCAAGUUAGUACCCCAAAUGAAAGAGGCGAGACGGUUAGGAAAACGCGCCUAUCUGGCAUAUGACACUCUGUACAUCGAUGGAACCGCAGUUAAAGCAUAG